UGCAGCAGCUCUGGCCACAUGUGUCCAUUUCCCCGACUGGGGCCCAACCCUGGAAUGUGGAGAGACUUUGGACUCAGUGACCUCUCCUUGAGGCUGCCCAGGGAGCAGUAGUUGCCGUGAUGAUAGCAGUUGGCUAGUGCCUGUCCCAAGGUGGGUCUGGCUGCUUAAUAAACAAGGAUAAGGAUAGAAGUGGGGGCCCUGUGUGUGUCACCCCAGAGUACCUCUGUCUUCCUGGCCUGCCCCAGGGUACCUACUUCCAAAAUGGGGGUUCUUGGCAUGGAGUCCAGGCAAGGGGUUGUCCCCCCUUGGUCUGGUCACUGCAGCUGUUCAGCAUCCUGUUGAGGAACUUCAGUGUGGGCAGGCUUUGCCCUGGGGUCCUCAGCAAGUCCCUUGCUCCUCUAAACUUCACUUGCUUCUUUAAAAGGGGCAAAACAGAGGAAUGAGGGGUCUUUGCCUGAAAGAAGAGCUGUGCCCCAGGUCUAGCUCCUGGGUUCAGACUAGAUGGGGUCUCCUGGGACCCCCAUCUUUUGUCUCCCUGCCUUCCUUACUAUUUGAUGGUUGUGCAGGUGUUUGUGGGGUGGGGUCAGGAAAGUCCUGGGACACUGGAUGCAAUGGGGUGAGCUCACACUCCUCUCAUGUGGGAGCACAGAAGACUCACUUGGCCAGGUGGCUCUAAGGCUCAAGUGUCCCUGUGUCUGGUGCUUAGAGGAUGCCUGGGACUUCUUCCUUCCCUCCCUCCCACCUGCCAUCUGGUUUCAGCAAGAACUUUAGAGAUAAGGUCUGGACCAGUGUCUGGGAAGAGGGGUGGGGGUGAGCAGUGAGGAAGGACCCUUGGGGCAAGAGGUGGGCUGGACCCGGGGAGUCCAGUGAGUUGAGGUGCCCUCCUCCAUUCCUCCAACCAGCCUAAGCCAGAGACUAAACUUAUACCCUACCCCCUUGGCCACUCUCCCACUUAGGUUUAAAAGUGACCUCUGGCAAGGGGAUCUUUUUCAGCCCCUAGUGCUCUUGAAAAUUAAUCAUAAUAAUUAAUAAAAACAGAGCCCAGGUGGGCCUGAGGCAGCUCUUAAAGAGGCAGGCCCCAUUUUCUCUGGCAGGACCUGGUGGUUCCAAGCAGCAGCCUGUGCCUUUGUUCCUGUUUCCCUCCCUCUGCUGGGGUUGGAGGGUGGCGCUGGGGUGAGCAUUUUUGCCUGCUUUCUCCAUCAGGCACUGGGCUUCUUGUAUUUUAAUUGAACUGUCUUUUCUUAGAGAUAGAUGCUCUCACCGCAUCCAGCUGCUCCUGUGUGUUGGAAAGCCUGCCUGUUAUGCGGCUUGGCUAAAUUAAAAGACACAGCAGCUGGACCGAUUAAACAGGGAGCAGGCAGGGAGGGGACACUGGUGAUAGCACUCUCCUCCCUCUUCCUCUCUCUCUCUUCUCUCUCUUUAAAUAAUGUUUCUGGUAAUGCAUUUUGGAGAAUGUGAAAAAAAUAAAAAAGCUGUAGAAAUGUUAAUGAUAUCCACAGGACACUCAGCAGGAAAUGAGAGUGAUCUGGGACUAAUAAAAGCAGAAAUGUAAUUUGUGCAGAUAUACGAGGCACAGCCUUCAGAGUGGUCCUGGGUUUGCAGAUUCUGGGCUCAUAAACAUGCCCAGACUGGCAGGGAGUGGGUGGGGGCAACCAGGGCCGUCGAGCAGAGGGGUCUGCACCUGGGCAGACCUGUGGCUGUCUGGCCAGCGCCCUUAUCUGCAGAAGUGGGGACAGGGAGUGCAGGGCUGCUCACCCAUCGAGGAGCUGCUGCUGUGUCUCCUGUGAUGUUGUACCUAAGUCACCAGAGGGGGUUAAAGUGGGUCAGGAGGGCAGGCGUGCUUCUCCUCUGAGGGAUGCCUAUAACCGAUCCAGGGAGGGAAGGGAGACAGGCUGUGACAAGCCUAGUGUGCAGGGGCUGGGUGUGGGAUGACAUGGCAGCUGGGUGGCUUCCUUCCCUGGGCAGGGUCAAGCCGAUCCCCAGGGCAGGGGAAGGGCCUUUGGCCCAAGUUUCUGGGCAGGUGAUGGUUUGUGAUGACUGGCCCCAGCUGCCCUGGGCUUGCCCUCCUCUCUCCUCCUCCCUGGCUCAGUCCCCAGACACUGAAUGAGGAAGGUGUCUGUGGUGGGUCUAGGCCGAGAAAGAGGGAAACAGGCCACCCACUCCUCCCCCUACUCCUCAUAUCCCCUUUCUCGCCCUGUCUCUUUUCACACCUGUGUGGCUUCUCUGUCCCCUACCCCCUUUAUUCCUUCCUCCCUCCUCACAUAAUCUUGGAAUCUUUGUAGCCCUGGCAGGCCACCCCUUCUUCUUUCUACAUUUGGGAACAAGAACUGGAAAGUCUCCUGUCCCCUCCGGGGGCCUGGGCAGUGCAGGGAGGGCUGAGCCCACUCUGCCUGCCUCUGGGCCAACUUGGUUCUGGGUAAAUCCUCACAUUGAGCACCCAGAAUGUGCUCUAACGCCUGGGGCGCUCCUCUCUCUGCCAUUGCACCUUCGAGGGUCUUCUGGGGUGACCAGGCUCACGGGGAUGUCAAGGGCCAGCCUGUGUUGUAAAUCCAGUUGCUCUGCCCUGAAAGGUCCUACAGGCCACCCCAGGUCAUUUCCUGAUCCAAGGUCCUGCUGUGGGGCAGAUUAGACCCUGCCUAGGCCCCAGUCCCUGAAAUCAUAACCAGAUGGGCUCUUGGGUCUGCCCUGCCCUGGUCCUGACCUAGGGGAGAUGGGGAGGAACCCAGCCAGGAGAGACAGGGCUGCGUCACCCCAGUGUGGGAGGGGCUCAGCUUGUGCGUUCUCCCAUGGCCUUGGGACUGCGGCUCUGUGGCAAAUCAGUAUGCAUACCCUCACUUCGGGCCACGUAAUCUGUUUAUGCACCUAUGAUAUCAAAGACAAGAGGCAGGUGCUGCCAUCCUGUGUUCCCGGGAGUCAGAGGAGGGGACGUUUUAUGUCUACAGUGGCUUGGCAGCCUCUAAUCGAUGUCUACUAGAAGGAACAGACAGAUUCCAGAUGGCAUGGCUGUGGUAGAGGAGGUGUGUGUGUGCAUGUGAGUGCAGGCAUGUGUGUGUGUGUGUGUGCUCUCAGCAGGCCUCCCCCAGGGCAGGGCAGACCCUCUCCAAUCCCCAGCAUGGUUGGGUCACGCUUGAAUGCCACCGCACAGGGACUGGAUUACAGGAUCUAGCAGUCCUCAGGGGACAGGGGAGUGGGAAUUGCUCUGCUAAAUGAUUUUGACCUGUCAGGAAGGGCUGGGAGUGGGGGGUAGGGAAUGGAGGUGGGGGCACCAGCAGGGAAGAAGGUCAGCUCCCCAGUGACCUGGUGCUGGGCAGCCAGUUUUGUACCUCCUGCGUCAGUGGCUGUCCUUGGCAAGGCUCAGCUGCUGGCGGUUUGGGAGCAAGAAUGACAGAGCACACCUCCUGACACAGAAGUUGUUGAUAAUCAGGCCGAGUCAUGCAGUCUUUUCGAGAAAGGUGUGGUUUCCAUGGCAAACAACAGAACUACCAGCAGACCUCACAGGAAACAUCACGCCUGGAGAAUUACAGGCAGCCUAGUCAGGCUGGGCUGAGCUGCGACCGGCAGCGGCUGCUUGCCAAGGACUAUUAUAACCCCCAGUCUUACCCAGGCUACGAGGGCAGUGGUGCCGGCACACCCUCCAGCACUGCAGCCGUGGUGGCUGAGAAGUACCAUCAAGGCAGCAAGGCCCUGAAUGCACAGCAGGCCCUGCAGGGGAGGCCGGCUUUCCCCGGCUACAGCGUGCAGGACAGUAGCCCCUAUGCGGGCCGCUACUCUGGGGAGGAUAGCCUGCAGGCUUGGGGAGCCCCACAGCCACCACCCCCACAGCCGCAGCCCCUACCAGGGGGGGUAGGCAAAUACGAUGAGAACUUGAUGAAAAAGACAGCAGUGCCCCCCAGCAGGCAGUACCCAGAGCAGGGCGCCCAGGUGCCCUUCCGGACUCAUACUCUGCAUGUCCAGCAGCCGCCCCCACCACCACAGCAGCUGCCACAGCCCCAGCAGCCCCUGGCGUACCCCAAACUCCAGAGACAGAAACUGCAAAAUGACAUUGCUUCCCCUCUGCCCUUUCCCCAAGGUGGCCACUUCCCCCAGCACUCCCAGUCCUUCCCCACCUCCUCUACCUACUCCUCAUCUGGCCAGGGCGGAGGGCAGGGGGCCCACUCCUAUAAGAGCUGCACGGCGCCAUCUGCCCAGUCCCACGACAGGACGCUGACAGCCAAUGUUAGCCUAGCCCCGGGGCAGCGGGUCCAGAACCUUCACACCUAUCAGUCAGGUCGACUCAGCUAUGACCAGCAGCAGCAGCAGGCCCUUCAGAGCCGGCACCAUGCCCAGGAAACCCUGCAUUACCAGAACCUCGCCAAGUAUCAGCACUACGGACAGCAAGGCCAGGGCUACUGCCCACCAGAUGCAGCCGUCAGGACCCCAGAACAGUACUAUCAGACCUUCAGCCCCAGCUCCGGCCACUCGCCUGCACGCUCUGUGGGCCGCUCCCCUUCCUAUAGCUCCACACCGUCGCCGCUGAUGCCAAACCUGGAGAACUUCCCCUACAGCCAGCAGCCACUUGGUGCAGGAGCCUUCCCCUCUGGGAUUGCCGACCACAGCCACUUCAUGCCCCUGCUCAACCCCUCCCCGACAGAUGCCACCAGCUCAGUGGAUGCCCAGGCCGGCAACUGCAAGGCCCUACAGAAGGACAAGCUGCCCGAGAACCUGCUGUCGGACCUGAGCCUACAGAGCCUCACAGCACUGACGUCGCAGGUGGAGAACAUCUCCAACACCGUUCAGCAGCUGCUACUCUCCAAGGCUGCCAUGCCACAGAAGAAAGGUGUCAAGAACCUCGUGUCCAGGACACCAGAGCAGCACAAAAGCCAGCACUGCAGCCCAGAAGGCAGCGGCUACUCUGCCGAGCCCGCAGGCACGCCACUGUCGGAGCCUCUGAGUAGCACGCCACAGUCCACGCACGCCGAGCCUCAAGAGGCUGACUACCUGAGCGGCUCGGAGGACCCGCUAGAGCGCAGCUUCCUCUACUGCAGCCAGGCCCGCAGCAGCCCCGCCAGGGUCAAUAGCAACUCCAAGGCCAAGCCUGAGUCUGUGUCCACCUGUUCCGUGACCUCUCCCGACGACAUGUCCACAAAAUCCGAUGACUCCUUCCAGAGCCUGCACAGUAGUCUGCCACUUGACAGCUUCUCCAAGUUCGUGGCGGGCGAGCGGGACUGCCCACGGCUGCUGCUCAGCGCUCUGGCCCAGGAGGACCUGGCCUCUGAGAUCUUGGGGCUGCAGGAAGCCAUUGGUGAGAAGGCUGACAAGGCCUGGGCCGAGGCGUCUGGCCUCACCAAGGAUGCCAGCAAGCAGCCCUUUCCGCUGGAGAACCACAGCGCCUGCCUGGACCCUGUGGCCAAGAGUUCGUGGCCAAGGCCUGGAGAGCCAGAGGCCCUACCUGAUUCCUUACAGCUGGACAAGGGUGGCAAUGCCAAGGACUUCAGCCCAGGGCUGUUUGAAGACCCUUCUGUGGCUUUUGCCACCCCCGACCCCAAGAAGACAACUGGCCCACUCUCCUUUGGCACCAAGCCCACCCUUCGUGCUGCUGCUCCAGAGCCCACCACAGCUGCUUUUGACUGCUUCCCAGACACAACUGCCACCAGCUCAGCAGACAGUGCCAACCCCUUUGCCUGGCCAGAGGAGAACCUGGGGGAUGCUUGUCCCCGGUGGGGAUUGCAUGCCAGUGAGCUCACCAAGGGCCUGGAGCAGGGCGGGAAGGCUUCAGAUGGUGUUGGCAAAGGGGAUGCCCACGAGGCCUCUACCUGCCUGGACUUCCAGGAGGAGGAGGCCCCUGGGGAGAAGGUGGCCUCAUUGCCUGGGGACUUCAAGCAGGAGGAGGCAGGUGGAGUGAAGGAGGAGUCAGGCAGGCUGCUGCAGUGCCCUGAGGUGAGCAAGGACCGGUGGCUGGAGGACAGCCGGCACUGCUGCUCUACCACAGACUUUGGGGACCUCCCACUGCUGCCGCCCACUGGCAGAAAGGAGGACCUGGAGGCCGAGGAGGAGUACUCUUCCCUGUGUGAGCUCCUGGGCAGCCCAGAACAGAGGCCUAGCAUGCAGGACCCACUGUCACCGAAGGCCCCGCUCAUCUGCACCAAGGAGGAAGUGGAGGAGGUGCUGGACUCCAAGGCUAGCUGGGGCUCCCCAUGCCACCUCUCUGGGGAGUCCGUCAUCUUGCUGGGUCCUACUGUGGGCACUGAGUCAAAGGUCCAGAGCUGGUUUGAGUCCUCUCUGUCCCACAUGAAGCCAGGUGAAGAUGGGCCGGAUGGAGACCGGGCCCCAGGGUCCUCCACCUCUGACACCUCUCUGGCCCCAAAGCUGAGCAAGCCUGCUGUGCCUGAGGCACCCAUUGCUAAGAAAGAGCCUGUGCCUCGGGGCAAAAGCCUGAGGAGCCGGCGGGUGCACCGGGGGCUUCCUGAGGCUGAGGACUCCCCAUGCAGGGCACCUGCAUUGCCCAAAGACCUCUUGCUCCCUGAAUCCUGCACCGGCCCCCCACAGGGACAGAUGGAAGGAGCCGGGGCCCCGAGCCGGGGGGCCUCAGAAGGGCUCCCUCGGAUGUGCACCCGCUCCCUCACAGCCCUGAGUGAGCCUCGUACACCUGGGCCCCCAGGACUGACCACCACUCCGGCACCCCCAGACAAAAUGGGGGGUAAGCAGCGAGCUGCCUUCAAGUCAGGCAAGCGUGUGGGGAAGCCUUCACCCAAGGCUGCAUCCAGCCCCAGCAACCCGGCCGCCCUGCCCGUGGCCUCUGAAAGCAGCCCUAUGGGCUCCAAGACCAAGGACAUGGACCCACCCAACAUGCAUGGCAAGGACCAGCGCUCCAUGAUUCUUCGGUCCCGAACCAAACCCCAGGAGGUCUUCUACUCCAAGCGACGGCGGCCCUCAGAGAGCAGGCAUCCCAACUGCCGGGCCACCAAGAAGCUCCUUGCCAACCACCACCUGGCUGCCACGUUCAAGAUCUCCAGCAGCCCCCAGAAGGAAGGCAGGGUGAGCCAGCGAGUGAGGGUUCCCAAGCCCGGCGUGAGUGGCAAGCUUUCUGACCAGCCCCUCCAUGCACUGAAACGGAAGUCAGCCUUCAUGGCACCCGUCCCCACCAAGAAGCGGAACCUGGUCUUAAGGAGCCGCAGCAGCAGCAGCAGCAACACCAGUGGCAAUGGCGGUGAGGGGAAGGAGGAGAGGCCUGAAGGCUCCCCUGCCCUCUUCAAGAGGAUGUCUUCUCCCAAGAAAGCCAAGCCCACCAAGGGCAGCAACGAGCCCACUGCAAAGCCCCCAGCCCCAGAGACCCCCGACACCUGCAUCAAGCUCACCUCUCGGGCAGCCUUCCAGGGGGCCAUGAAGACUAAGGUCCUGCCUCCGCGGAAAGGCCGGGGCCUGAAGCUGGAAGCCAUUGUACAGAAGAUCACCUCGCCCAGCCUGAAGAAGUUCGCGUGCAAGGCGCCUGGGGCCUCCCCUGGUAAUUCUCUGAGCCCGCCCCUCCAUGAGAAGGACCGUGGGCUCAAGGGUGCAGGGGGCAGCCCAGUGGGGGCAGAAGAAGGUCUUUUAAACAUAGGCACUGGGCAGAAGCUCCCAGCAGCUUCAGGGGCCGACCCAUUAUGCAGGAAUCCGGCCAAUAGAUCCUUAAAAGGCAAACUAAUGAACAGUAAGAAACUGUCCUCAACUGACUGUUUCAAAAUUGAGGUCUUCACAUCCCCAGAGGCACUGCUGCCUGCAGGGACUGCCCUGGCACCUAAGAAGAGAAGCCGGAAAGGCCAGACUGGAGUCCUUGGACUCUGCAAAGGCCAGUUGGAGAAGCGGCCCUAUCUUGGCCCGUCUCUGGUCCUGACUCCCCAAGACAGGGCCAAUAGCACGCAGGGGGUCAGUGAGGACAACUCUGGUGGAGGAGGCAAGAAGCCAAAGAUGGAGGAGCUGGGCCUGGCCUCCCAGUCCUCCAAUGGCCGGCCCUGCCAGCCCCAGCCAAGGGUACAGAAGCAGCCAGGCCACACCAACUAUAGCAGCUAUUCCAAGCGGAAGCGUCUCACUCGGGGCCGUGCCAAGAACACCACCUCUUCACCCUGCAAGGCACGUACCAAGCGGCGCCGGCAACAGCAGGUGCUGCCUCUGGAUCCCGCAGAACCUGAAAUCCGCCUCAAGUACAUCUCCUCUUGCAAGCGGCUGAGGGCAGACAGUCGGACCCCAGCCUUCUCUCCCUUUGUGCGGGUGGAGAAGCGAGAUUCAUUCACCACUGUAUGCACUGUUGUCAACUCCCCUGGGGACGAGCCCAAGCCCCACAGGAAGCCUGCCUUCUCUGCCUCCUCCGCCGCCUCUUCCUCGUCCUUGUUCUCCCUGGACACAGCCGGGGCCUCCCUGGCCACACUCCCUGGAGGCUCCGUCAUGCAGCCACGGCCCUCCCUGCCCCUCUCCUCCACAAUGCACCUGGGGCCUGUGGUUUCCAAGGCCCUGAGUACCUCUUGCCUUGUUUGCUGCCUCUGCCAAAACCCGGCCAACUUCAAGGACCUUGGGGACCUUUGUGGUCCCUACUAUCCUGAACACUGCCUCCCCAAAAAGAAGCCAAAACUCAAGGAGAAGGUGCGACCAGAAGGUACCUGUGAGGAGGCCUCCCUGCCCCUCGAGAGAACACUCAAAGGCCUCGAGUGUGCAGCUGCUGCUGCCACUGGGAAGCCCUCGAGGCCUGACGGCCCAGCCGACCCAGCCAAGCAGGGCUCCCUGCGCACCAGUGCCCGGGGCCUGUCCCGGAGGCUGCAGAGUUGUUACUGCUGUGACGGUCGGGGGGACGGGGGUGAGGAGGUAGCCCCAGCCGACAAGAGCCGCAAGCAUGAGUGCAGCAAGGAGGCCCCGGCGGAGCUUGGUGGGGAUACCCAGGAGCACUGGGUGCAUGAGGCCUGUGCCGUGUGGACCAGCGGGGUCUAUCUGGUGGCCGGGAAGCUCUUUGGGCUGCAGGAGGCCAUGAAGGUGGCCAUAGACAUGACAUGUUCCAGUUGUCAGGAAUCCGGGGCCACCAUCGGGUGCUGCCACAAAGGAUGCGUCCACACUUACCAUUACCCGUGUGCCAGUGAUGCAGGUUGCAUAUUCAUCGAAGAGAACUUUUCUUUGAAAUGUCCCAAACAUAAGGUAGGGUACAAGAGGGCAGGCAGAGGUAAUAAGGGACAGUGCGCAGGGAAGUGGAGCCUCCAGCAGAAAGAGACCACAGCGGAGAUCCCAGCGUCAGAGUAGGGAUGGGGUGGAGACGCGUCAAGGGCGGGGCCUAUGGCGUGGGACGACCCUCAGUAAGCGGCGUUUACGCCUUU